AUGGCUUCUCAGGUGUGCCAGAACUUUUGUGCUGACUGUGAAGCUACCUUGAACCGGCUAGUGAAUUUGCAGCUGUAUGCUAGCUAUUUGGAUCUGUCCACGUCCUACCACUUUGACUGUGAUUAUGUUGCCUUGUGUCACGUGGCCAGGUUCCUGAAGGAGCAGUCCCAAGAAAAGUGGGAGCAUGCAGAUAAGUUCCUGAAAGAUCAGAACAAGAGUAGAGAACGCAUCUUGCUGAAGGACCACAAGAAGCCAGAGAAGGAUGAGUGGGGCAACAGCCUGGAUGCCCUGCAGAGUGCCCUGCAGGUGGAAAUAAACGUGAGCCACGCCUUGCUGGAUCUGCACAAGCUUGCAACGGAGAAGGGAGACCCUCAUCUGUGUGACUUCCUGGAGUCUGAGUACCUGGAGGAAGAGGUGAAGGUCAUCAAGCAGCUGAGAGGCCACCUCACAAACCUGAGGUGCCAGGGACUGCUGCAGAACGGCAUUGGGGAGUACCUGUUUGACAAGCUCACUUUGAAGAAGAGCAGCUGA